UUUUUCAUAUUAGAAAUCGGAUUAGAUUGUACAUCAAAUCGGUGUGUCAGAAAUAAUGAAUGAAAUAGUAUCUUAUAUUACAAUAGACAGUGUCAAGUACGUUAACUACAAAGAUAGUAAUGGCGAUAUCCACCAUGUAAGAUUUGGUAUCGACGACAUAAUAGAUAAAAGCAAUCUACCUCCUGGUGAUAUAAUCAAAAAAGAUGAUAUUCUACCAAAAUUUGUCAACGGUAUGAAAGUAUUCAAUCCAGCAUCAACCACGUCUAGUUUGUUCUAUAUCAAAAAAUUACCUUUGUAUGACGUUGGUCUUUCCAAGGGAUACAAAACCACAUUCAUGGAUGAAGUACGCACCUACGAGAAGAUGAAUUGUCUUAGGAUACGCGGAGUACCUACAUACCAUGGCUGCAUCGUCGAGGACAGUUAUAUCAGUGGUAUUGUUAUCGAUGGAUAUUCUUCAAGGUUAGAAGAUAUUAAAAACAUAGAAGUUGUAACAAUAGAGAAAAUAACGCGUUCAUUGAGAGCAACGUUAGCUGAACUCCAUUCUAAUAACAUUGUCCAUGGAGAUAUAAAUCCUAGUAACAUAAUGCUGAAUGCAAAAAUGGAUCCAUUUAUCAUCGACUUCGAUAGCAGUGGGCCGUCCAUGCUAAAACGUGGAUCAGAAAACUGGAUGAUGGAUAGUUACUCUAAAUCAUGUAAUGAUGAUAUAUAUUCUCUAAAUCUAGUAAUAGAAUAUAUUAACUCCAAAUGUGUGGUUUCAUCCAAUUAAACAUCAGAACAGUAGCGCUUUUGUGAGUUAUCUGAGUAAAGCUUUACAGCACAAAUUACGAGAGAUAGAAGUUUGUGUGAAAUUAUUCUUUAUAUAUAAAAGGUAACAGUGAUACUUUGUAUAAACCGU